AUGGAUGUAAAGCUUACAAAAGUUUUAUCCGUUCAUGUCGUUGCUCUUUUACCACCGGGCUCUACGGAUUUGAAUGUUCAACUUCCGGUUCAAACUGCUGGAAUUGUUGGCAUAGGUUUAUUAUACGCAGGUUCUCAACAUAGAAGAAUGACUGAAAUGCUGCUUUCCCAAUUAACUUCUAUUCUUACAAUAAAUGAUCAUAAAAUCGUGAAUGAAGGAUAUAGAUUGGGUUCAGGAAUUGCCCUUGGGUAUAUUAAUAUUGGAAAAGGGGAAUAUCUAAAUGAUAGUUCGGAUGCAAACGUUCUGAACUCUUUAUUUUACUUAGCUACUUUUGUAAGGGACAUAGAAUCAAGCGAGCAAUUAGAUAAAUCUUGUGGGGGAGCAUUGCUUGCACUUAUGUUUAUGUUUCUUCGGACUGAAAAUAAGAACGUUGCUGAAAAAUUGGAUAUUCCCAGGACAAAACAACUUAUUGACUAUUUAAGACCAGAUAUACUCAUGUUGAGAUGCCUUGCAAAAAAUAUGAUUAUGUGGGAAUCAAUUGGACAAAGUACCGACUGGGUUGAGGAACAAGUUCCCUCUUGCAUUUCUGAGAUGUUUAGUCUAGAUGACAUUGACUUCUUGGACAGUGAAACUUUGCCAUACUUAAAUAUCAUAGGUGGCGAAUUGCUCUCCAUGUCAAUAAGAUUUGCUUCUACUGGAAACGUAACCGUGAAAAGUACAAUACUGGGGUACCUUGGCAAACUUAUCAGUUUGUGCCAGAGAGUUCCAUCAAAUUUUGAUCAGAGGAUUGCAUUGAUCGGCGCUAGAAACGUGAGAGAUGUUAUUAUGCUAGGGCUUUCGAUAUUAAUGUCAGGUACUGGCGACUUGGAUACACUAAGAAUAUUGAGAUAUCUUCAGGGUAUGACGGAUCAGCACACAAAUUAUGGCGAUUUUAUGGCUAUAAAUACAGCACUAGGAUUUUUAUUUUUGGGCGGGGGACAACAAGCAUUUAAAACAGAUGAUUCAUUCAGUAUUGCUUCACUUAUAACAUCAAUUUAUCCGGUAUAUUCUACAAACAACUAUGAAUGCACAUCUGAAUGUACUGAAAUACUUUUGGAAGCAUUGAGGCAUUUUUGGGCAUUGUCUGUUGAAAACAGAUGCUUAAUCGUUAGGAAUGUCAGCGAUAAACAACCAAUAAAGGUGGGAAUGGACAUAUACAUGAACAGUGGAUCAACACGCCAUAUAUUUUCACCAUGCCUUCUCCCAGAACUGGGGAAAAUAAAAAAAGUCGUUGUCUGCCCAGAAGACUCAGAACUGGCUAACGAGAAAGAUACACACCGGAUACCUAAUGAUGGAAAAUAUUUUCCUAUUGAAUUUGAUUUUAUGAAUGCAGAGAAAUUGCAGAGUGAGACAUUCAAAAAGAACCUAACGGUUUUUGUCUAUAAAAAACCACAAUAUCAAAAUUUGAACCUUAACUUUGAUUAUAUGUUGCGCCUAGAGAAGAAUAAGGAUAGAAAGGACACAUACUCCAGCCAAAACAGGGCAGACUUUUUAGAUUGCUUUCGGAAUCUGUCUAUUUUUAAACAGUCAAAGUACUACGAAAAAAGCUUACUGCUAAGUAACAGUGGAGGUACAGAGAAUUUGACAGAGGCUUCAGUGAUCGAUAUAAAACUUGAGGUUGAACAUUUAUUAAACUCAAAUUCAAUUGAUAAAUUAUGGAAUCUUAAACUCCUCUUCAGCUAUGUUGAUAAGAUCAUAUUUGAUAAUAAAGAUAUACUGAAACACAAUAGCAGUUCGAAGGAUUCCGGCACUUAUGGCACGCUACUAGGCAAUACAUUACCAAAGAAAAAUCGCCCUUCGAAUGGUGCUUUGCUAAAGAAUGUCAAGACAAAAAAUAAAGGGGUUGAAUAUGAUGAUACAUUCGAUUAUCAUCAGGAGCGUAUGCUACUUCAAAGUGAAAAUGAGAAUGAUAUGAGCUAUUUAAGUGUUAAAUUCAUUGAGGAAAUUAGAAACAAGCUUUUUAAGAAAGCGGAAAUGAAUCAUUGA